AAAAGACUGUGGUCCAGUUCUUCCUCUUCUGGGGCUCAUUCCUCUCGCUUCCCUUCCUUCCUUGACUUGUCUCGGACGCGUUCAGCCAUUUGAAGGGACACCUAUAUUCCCCAGCAUCUCGAAGCACAUAGGCAAAUGGAGCAAACCUAUGGAGAGGUGAACCAACUAGGCGGCGUGUUCGUCAAUGGACGACCCCUGCCCAACGCCAUACGGUUGAGAAUAGUGGAGCUGGCACAACUCGGGAUUAGACCCUGUGAUAUAAGUCGGCAACUUCGAGUCUCUCACGGCUGCGUGAGCAAGAUUUUAGCGAGGUACAACGAGACAGGCUCCAUCUUGCCUGGUGCCAUUGGUGGAAGCAAGCCACGGGUCACAACUCCUAACGUGGUGAAAAAUAUCAGGGAAUACAAACAAAAUGACCCUGGGAUCUUUGCCUGGGAAAUCCGGGACAGGCUUUUGGCUGAUGGUGUUUGUGACAAAUACAAUGUCCCGUCUGUUAGCUCGAUCAGCAGGAUUUUACGCAACAAGAUUGGAAAUCUCUCUCAGCCUAACCAGUAUGAAAGCAGCAAGCAAGCGUCCGCACAGGCCGGGCUCUCCUACAACCACAUAUACCCCUAUUCGUACCCCAACACCAUGUCGCCAUCUAGUAAAAUGGGAAGCCCUCCAGGAGUACCAGUGACAGCUGGACACGUGAGCUUACCCAGGGCUUGGCCUUCUCCUCACACCGUUACCAACAUCCUCGGGAUACGAACUUUCAUGGAUCCCUCAGCAAUUGCCGGAACGGAGGGAUAUCCACCAAAAAUGGAGGAGUGGAGUGGAGUCAACAGAGCAGCUUUCCCAGCACCUCACACGGUCGGCGGAAUUGACAAGUCAGCCAUUGAGGCCGACAUAAAAUACGCUCAGCCUUCCUCGACACUGUCCAGUUAUGUCUCGGCGUGUGCCUACUCUCCAACUAACCAGUACGGGGUGUACAGUGGGCCAGCAGGCGGGUACGUGGCCCCGGGCCACCACCACUGGCAGUCACAGAGCCCGGCACUGUCCCAUCCAGGGAGCGGAAUGAGCAUGCACGCAGGAGAGAUCCACUCGUCCAUGGCAUUCAAGCAUCAAGUCCGAGAAGGAGACAGAAAACCUCCCAGUCCCCUCAGCAAACAGCAGCAGCAACAUGACGACUUGAAUAGUGUGCACGGACUCAGUCUUCCUACCUCAUCAUCAUAACUGGGACUUAUAACACCUUUAAUACCAGACACAUUUAAUUGAACUCAUUUCAGCAGCUGCAACAGUAAGUGAUCACCAGCUUGAUUGUGGCUGACCGGCAAACACAGGCCUGUUCACAUGACUUACCAGUAGCUUGCUACGUCUUUGUGGCCAUCUGAAUGUAAGCUCGCAUGGAUGUAUCGGUGUUUCCCAUCACUGGUUGAUUUUUAUUUUAUUUUUAUUUUUUCAGUUAAAAUACUUCAUGUUGCUAGACUGUAUGGAGACUGCAGGAUAAUAUUUUGUAAAAUCCACUCUGUUGAUGUUUUAUCAUAAAACAGGGGCAACCUGUAAUUUGACUUAUAUGUUUUAUUACCCUAAUUUGUGGCCAUGAUCGUGAAUCUGCAGCGACUUGACGAUGUGAACAAAAUAUAUAAAUUGUCUAAAUGUAAAAUAUAUGCCAAAGCUUUAAUUAUAUAUUUUUAUAAUUCCAUUGUAAAUACUCCAAAAAUAAAGGCACAUUUCAAUGCCA